ACGGUCUAGAGGCGGAAAUGUUGGGGAGGCUAUACGAUUAUAAUAAUAACCUCGCCUGAGAUUCCAGUGGGUUUAUUGACUGAUGCGCAACCUACAUAGGACGCACAUUAGUAGAGCGUAACGCCAGGGGGGAAGAGGGUGGGUUGCGGAUGCAGACCUGUCCCUUUGCUUUGUCAGUGCGCGCACGUUCAGACACACACACUCACUCACAUCUCUUCUCUCUUGUCUUGUCUUGUCUUGUCCUGCAACAUCCCAUGUUUUGCUUGCUUUUCUUGAGACACACUUGUGGUCUUCGCACGAGGGUUGGUCGAUCACCAUCUUCUCCGCCUUUCAGACUUUGGAGGUUGGACAUUCUAGACAUUCUAGACUGUCUCCUGUUUCUUUGCUUUUUUUUUCUUCUUCCUUUCACCGGAGCGGGUCCUCCCAAAAAAAUGCAUCUUUGUAAGAUGUAUGCAUUGCCAUGCUCAGAUAUAUGAUGAAAAUCAUCUUUUAUGAUAUGCUGAUGGAAGAUUGGCGCCGUCUUUGUUACUUUUCUGGAGGGACGCGGG